UUCAUCUGUAGCAGACGAGGCACGAGGGUUUGUGUCAACACGGAAGUAUCGCUGAAAGUCAUUAUAAUUUGUGAUAUUUAGCUUGAUUUAAAGAUUCGCACAAUGUCGGACGAAAGGUCAUCGAUUCUUACAGGAAGACAAACAUCAAGUACACCAGCCAGUGACCCAGCUGCAAUCUACCAUGAUAGUUCACAGUCUCCUAAAGCGCGCCUCAUGCAGAUAUUGUUUGUUGUAACUGUGGUUCUCAUGGUACUGAUCAGUCUCAUACUGAGUAUCUAUCGAGGUAUCAUAAUGGAAACGGCAGGCUCUAUGUAUUUUAUGCUUGGCAUCAGUCUCGUUGGUUUUGUUAUCAUUGAGAUUUGUAUGAUCCUGUUUAUACGAAAAGGAGACUUACCCAAGGGGAAGACUUGGUUCCUGUAUUUUGUGGGAGUGUGUGUUAUUUUAGAGGCAAUAUUUACAGAUGUGUUACUGUUCCAGUGAAAACACCAGUUUCUGACGAUAACUGUGUUGUGUAUGCAUGUCUGGGUCACUGCGACCUGAGACUUGAACCAGUCAUAACAUGAUGUCCUUUGCCAUGGUAUUACAAGAAACUGUUGUUAAUUGGACAGAUUGAUGGAUUUCAUAUUGGAAAUUGUAACAAAAAACUGAUAUGUUUGAAAUUUGUUUUUUUAAAUUAUCUGUCGAUUUUCUUUGGCAGUAUUUGGUGAAAAAUACUGUUCUGUUAUUGACAUUAUUAUGAUCAUGAAAUUCAGGUAGCACAUCCGAGUAAAUUGUGUUAUCAUUACUUUUUGAGUAAUUUAUUUCAACAGUGGUGAUAAGUAAUCAACACAGGCCUCUCACAUGUCAGACUGAAGGUCAGACUGACCCGGUCUAUUCAACAGUUAAUUAGUAUACAGCUGUGAAGGUAUGUUAUCAUACAUCGACUUGUGGAUGUAAUGGUUGUAUCUUUAAAAACAUUAUGAAUAGCAUUACUAAAAUAUUAAAUUACUGCUUGCAAGCUUAAACAUUUUAUUAAGAUUAUAUAUGUUAAGAUGAACUGUAAUUUGGCAGAUAAUUCACUCAUAAAUAUUUAAAUGAGGAGCUUAGAUCCUACUCAAAGGUGAAUUAUAAAAUUAAAGGUCUACAUAGGUACUUUUAAUCUUUACACACACAGAAUGAAAAUUUUAUGUUUGAUGGACAUUACUAUAUUGUGAUACCUUUGACUUGAUAGAUGGAAACUACACGUUUUACAUACUAAAUGUAUUGAGGCACAUGCAGACUGUAUCGGUAUUUAAUAUUCUCUUGUCAAGCCAAGACACCAUUAGAACAUGUCUACAGUGUUGAAAUUCAGUAGUUUUGCAGUUCAGUAGACAAAAAAUUCUCUCACUUUGUGAUACUAAAUAAAUAGGAAAUAUUUAGAUUUAUUCUUGGUGUAAACAGUGACACCAAUAUGCAUAGAAUAAGUUUCCCAGUUGCUUUAUAAAAUAUCUGUUAUUUUAUUAUGUUAAAACAUGACUGAAUAUUGAAAUGGAAAGUGCAUUCUCAUUUGCAAUCCACUCAUAUCUUUUAACAUUAGGCAACAUGUGGAGACCUACUCAUCUCCAGUUACCACUAUGUACAAGUGUGCCAUGUGUCUCAAUCCGAUCCACAGUCGGGUUGUCUUCACCCAGUAGCAUGAGUUCACACUGUAGUGAUAGAUCAGGUUGCAGUAGCUGCUGUAGCUAUGAACUGAUGACCAAUUUCACAAGUUAAACAUGUUACACUAUCUUCAUAAUCACAAUCUGCACACCGAAGGACAGGGUUGGAGUCCCAAUUCUGCUGUCCACCACUGUGAUAGUGUGGGAAUACUUCUAAGAAAUUGCAGAAAACAAGUACAAGCCAUUAUUCAAUAAAAAAAGACCAUGUUUUUUUUGUCUCAAUGUCUGUUCCUCAAACAUUAUGUAUUGUUAUAAUUACAAGUGUGAUCUUUCUGAUAUUACAAGUGUGAUCUUUCUGAUUAAUGGUCAAUUUGAAGUUUUUUAAUUUUGUCAGAAUGUCUGACUGAGAUAGGUGUCAACUGUUUUACAUGUACUAGUCAUGUAUUUCAUUUAAGAUGUAAAUAACUGUGAACCAUGGCACACAGGAAUGAGAAAGUGAAGUAACAUGAGUAUCCCCUUUCACUUGUCCCUUUCUGUAGCAGUAUGUGAGUUCCAAGACAUGGAGAACAGUUUCAGCUUCUUAAUGCCCUCUAAGACAUUGUGAGAUUCCUGACUAAAUGUGGAUGUCUAGUGUGUCAUGACAUUGGACUCACAACUCAUGCUGAGGUUAUGCCAGGGACACAGUCAUGUAAGGUGCCGCCAUUCAUUGUGCAGAGUUUCAACACAUGGGGACAAUGAAAACGUGAUUGUUGGUAUGCAGCCCAGUUUGCCCUGAUUGUUUCCUGGUUUGUACAGCCCCAUACCCUGCUCGUGGGUUUCACCUGCAUCACUGUGGGCAUUCGUCCAAUACUAAGUGGACAUCUUGUGAUGUAAUAUGAACACUGUUAUAAUGGUGUUAUACAUAAAAAUAUUCUUGUUUCUUUGUGUGUAGCUGUCACACACAUAUUUAAGUUUAUUAGGACGGGUCAUAUACUUCAUGUACCUCAUGUAAUUACAGGUCCUGCCUGAGUUAUUGUAGUAAUCAUGGCUGUGUAUGUGUUUACACAAUAAUAGAGGAUCAGCUGUUGAAGCGAGUCAGUGAGUGAGAUGUGUUGGUAUUGAGAUUUCACAAAACUCAUUGGUUUCUGAUGUACCUUGUGAAUCAUCCCACUUGUCAGAACAUUGAACCUUGUGAAUCAUCCCACUUGUCAGAACAUUGACAGUACGUGUAAAACACCCCAUUUUUAAACAUUUCCUAUUGAUAUACCAAGUGGUUAUAUAUCAUUAUGUUUUCCUGAACAGUAUUGUGACAUGUAAGUAGAAGGAUUAAAUAAUUUGUUUGAAUAUGUGAAAGAGAUUACAUGGUAUUGGGUGCUGUUGAGCUUUUUUGUGUAAUAUUUUGAUGUUGUUUCCUAUAUCUAAGUGUUCCAAUAUUGUGUUGUAGUGAUACCUUCUUAAGUAAGUAGCUGACAGUGUAC